AUGCCCAGUUUUCUUUUUUUCCAACUGGUUUUGACAGCAGUGCUUUGGGCUCAGGGUGUCUACAAGAGUGACGAAAUUCGUUCUUCAUAUUUGAUCUUUCUGGAGGGUCAUGUCAUGUUAGGACACGUGACAAAAGUACAGUCAAGUCAAGGCGUUUCUUCGUGUGCACAAAGAUGCUUAUCUGUGCCAGGAUGUCUAUCAUUUAAUUUUGCGAAAGAUAACAGUCAGUGUGAACUCAACAAUUCAUCUUCUCAAUUUGCAAGCCACUUCAAAGACUUGACCGUAAAACAAGGAGUCGUAUAUGGUCAUUGGAUUACACUUCCCAUCAUGCGGUUUGUUUUCACAACACUCGGUGGACAAGGACCUGUGGGUCCAACUAAUACAUCAGGGUACUUAGGAACGUCACUGGAAGGUCAAGUUCAUCUUAACAAUGGUAUUCAAGAGUGGAAAGUUCCGUAUACAGGAAAGUAUUUUAUCGAAGCGUUUGGAGCUUCAGGAGCCAAUGGUACUUGCGCAAACUGUUCUGGAUGGAAACUUGGAGGUCGAGGAGCCAAAAUGUCCGGUUUCUUUGAACUUAGCAGUGGACAAAAGCUAAAAAUAUUAAUCGGGCAACAAGGACAAGUCAACUUUGAUUUCAACGAAAACCCAGGUGGAGGGGGUGGAGGUACCUUUGUCACGUUUGCGGACAAUUCACCUUUAAUAAUAGCGGGCGGAGGUGGGGGAGGAAGUAUUUCCAUUGUUGGUAACUUAGACGGAGACUCAGGGCAAGCUGGGCCAAAUGGGACGAGGAAUGGAGGUACCGGGGGAUCUGGGGGUCGAAAAACUAAUCCAGGUAUAUUAUCUGGUACUGGAGCGGGCUUAUGGGGCGAUGGCGAGGGUGUGAAUGGACAAGCAAGAAGCUUUAAAAGUGGAGGUCAAAGUGCUUCCACAUUAGCCUCAUUAGGGGGAUUUGGAGGAGGGGGCUAUGGUUUUGUUCUUCCUGGGGAGGAGGCGGAUACUCCGGUGGAGGAGUGGAAGGGGCUUUCGAAAUAGGAGCCGCAGGUGGAGGAGGCUCCAUAAACAACGGAACUUCACAGGUUAACGAAAGUGGUGUAAACAACGGUGACGGUAAACUUGUUAUAACUCUUAUGACUUGAAACAAAGAAGUCUAUGGCUAAACUCCUACGCUCUCUCCAUAUUUUGAUUCCAAGAAGUCUUAAAGAAAAAGUGGGUUUGGUGGUCAAAAGUUUUGUUCAGCCUGUAUUUCCUGCGCGUGAUUUAUGGUAUAUCCAUUGGAAAUAUCGACCAAAGACCGAAAUGAGCCCCUCUGAUCUUAGGUAUUUGUCGCUGAACUUUACAUAAGAUACCUGUAAUAUGGACACAUCGCAAGUCAUAUUUCAUGCCCAACUGGGCCUUACACGUUACAGAAAUGCCAACGUAAUCGGUAUCAAGCAACUAAUUUUAAAAAAAUUAACUUCGAAAUAAGUCAUGAACGUGAAUAUACGAACAAUUUUAUAUUUCAAUUGCGGGAGAAAGAUUACAUCACUUACAAUGUAACUGUUGUUUUACAUCAAAUAAGUAGAGAAACAUAGUUUUUGUCUAAGGCACUUGUUCAAGAACAUUUCUCAACUGACGUUCAACUCCACCCUGCCGGAACAAAGCCUCCUUUUGACUUCUUCUGGUACGAGGAGGAGAAAAGAACUCAGCUCUGUAUAAAUCGCGUCAAACUUUGAAGUCGCUGCAGCACGUGCUUCUGGACUGGUUAAUCUUGUUUUCUGCCGUCAAACUGGUUUUUCAAGUCCGAUCAUCCGUUAUUGAUAAUCGACGGUCAUAACUGAGCCCGCUGUACCAAGUGCACGGCUAUUAGGCCUAAGUCCGAAACUGCAGCGCAGGCUCAACAAAGAUUUUACUCGAUUGCUGCAAAGUCUAUCUCGAGUACCCCAAAAUUGAGCAAGUGAAAGACUGAAGGCUCUGCUUAUUUCCAUUAAGUUUAACUUUUUCGAAGAGAGUUUGAAGCUAAUUUUGGGGAACCAUUUGAAUAACCUCACUCACAUUUAACUAACGGUCGGCUAGGAGUACAAUGAAUUCCCUAGUGGACGAUACUUUCCAUAAGGCUUUGUUACUGGAGGCUAGGUUAAGUGGGGUCUUUGAAGCAAGGGAGGUCGAAACCCUUUUAAUGUUACUAUUUUGAGCAGUGAAUUUGUGGGAGGUAUUUGAUUUGUUCUUAUCAUGAAAACGUACAAAUCGAGUAAAAUGUCUCACUACAUGUAUAUUUUGUAUAAUUAGAUAUUGGUAAAGUUGAUUAUUUGCAGUGUAAACUCACGGGAGAACAGGACUUGGGAUAAAAAGGCGAAGGGUUAUUUUUUUUACAAAAAAAUUCAGGAUACUCUUAAUUUGAUUUGCUUGACGAGUGAACAAAGACCUUGACGUCAUUGAAGAAAGGGAGAAGAUCUUGAGAACCUUGCAGAUCACCCACCUCGUCGAUGUAAAGAAUAAGAUAGACCAGUAUCAACGAGUCUUCAGUAAAUCGCUAAUUACAAAUUUACGUAGAAUCAAUAAGAACUGAUAGGUCUUUAAACCUCAAAGAACACGCCCUCAAGAUGGGUGAUUUGGUUUUUCGAGACCUCCUGUGGGUCAAAAUCUUCAGUUUUAGAGUGAAAUAAGCCGACUGCUUGGAUAAUCACUCAAAAAUAUAUCGAAUGACAAUGUAAAUGGCCUGAAAUAAGUGUUAGUUUAUGCAUUCAUGAUGACAAUCCUUCUCACAUAAAUGAGGACAUCAACCCCAAUUACAGAGAUGGUUUCCAACUCAAGCAGUUCAGUACUGUUGUAGUCUUUGACCAGCACUAGUUUCUUUCCAAACGUCAAGCCAAUCCAUUUCUCAUUGGUCAAAAUAGACAGAUUGCGUUUCUCCCAAUUGUUUUAACAAGGUUUUACGAUCAGCUGUUACGGAAUCAAUUUGUCCAAAGUUAAAAAUUGGUUUAUGUCGUGACAAAUCAAGAAUGCAUGCUCGAAUCUAAUUCUGAAUUACAAUUCCUCACAGGCUAUGCUGCAAUAAUCAAUACUCGAAGGUUGAUUGACAGGUUCUGAUUCGCCAAGUGCUUUACUGCUCCCGAACAAACAUUUGUUUGUUCAGGUAAUGACAGCUGAAAUUUGCUGAAUUGCGCUUCCAGUAGCUAAAGGUAUAUUGUCCGGAUAGACUCAUUAUAAAGACGCCCUUUAAAACGUGUUAUAUCAAACCUUAAAUUGAACAGAAUUACCCAGAAGAAAUGAGCAGAAAAAUAUUCAGAAGGUUAGUCUCAUAUCUCAGUUCAUUCAUUUUCUUCUACGUUCAGUACCUCAUGCCGAAAGAAAACAAUCUGCGCGAAUUAUUCUGACCUUAUGUCUUAAAGAUUAACCUACGGCACAUUGAAGCUGCUCAGACAAACUGGUUUAAGCUUGUUCCUUUUAGCCUUUUUUCAUUACUCAAAAGAUACAAACCGGCCCCCAAAAAAAUUAAUAAUAAUAAAUAAGUAAAAUCACGAUUGCUAAAAUAUAUUUUCCUCAAAACUAAAAACCAAAUCAAAUCCAAAACGAAAUAUUCAUUUCCUGUAACUGAAAUUCGUUAACCAAGUAACGCGUCUAUUUGUGUUUAAUUUCUUUUUAUCACAAUUAACAAAAAUUGUGUAACUCAGUGUUAAUUUUUCAUGGCCUUUUCUGAAAUGAAACGUUCACUGUUGAGUGUUUCGCCUCUAAGACUGUGAAAUAUGACGCUCAUUCUGUAUUAGUCUGGAACAAAAAAAUUAAGUCAUUUACACUAGUGAAAUACUAGGUCUUUUCGACAACUUUUCAGUCUAAAAACCCAAUAAGAUUCAUACUGAACAGAAAAUAUUCAACGUUUAUGUUUCAAAAAUUUUCAAACUGAAUUUGAAAUACAUGGUAUGUUCCCAAGCGAUAACUUCGUAUUUUACUCAAACAAAGAUAUAUUAUUUUAAAAACCACCAUUUCUUGCUGCCACUAAAGACACGUCUAGGAUAAAGUUGUCAUCAUUUGGAUUGCUCAUUUUUACUUUCUUCUAACAAUUUCUCUAACCAUUUACCAUGAUCGUUGAUUCAGUUUUAUUUCAAUAAGUCUUCGUCAUCUCGGGACAACACGUCAAUAAUACAGGAAACUAUGAAUGUAUUUUAUUUACAGUGAAAGAGAAAUAACAUGCUAAUAAAAGCCAGGGUAGAGCUGAAAGGUCGAGGUUUUUACACUCAACCUAUUAAGAUUAGUAUGUGUUCCUGUAUUCGAAAACCUGACAUAUCACCUUGUUUAACACUGCAAAACUACCAAAGCGCAGUCAGAAUUGUGUAUUGGUUUGUGCCUUGCUGGGGAGAAUUUUUAACAAUAAUACGUGGAGAACUUUCCGAAGAGUGAAUUCAUGAACUAUGUAAAUAUAGUCUACUUCCUUUUUAAUGAUUUUAUUUUAUUUUUUGCUUUUGGAAGACAGCAGGAAUACUUGAUACAUUUUUGGAUGAGUUACUGAGUUCUUCAGACCUCAGCAGCCUUACGUUUUGCUUCUCAACUUUAAUCGACCAAAAUUAACUGUGAUAUUUAGAAAAAAAGAAAGAUCUCCUGAAUUUGUAAUGCAAUCACCAAAGUAAACACAGAGAAAUAUCGUUAAAAAUGGUAGCAGUGACUCUAGAAGAUAAUCGUUGAGAGCAAGCAAACAUUGUGUUAUGUUACUGGAGUAACAAUUUUUAUCAUUGUAACAAAAUUCUCGCCAUUAAUAUCAUUAUCCUUUUUUAUAUUGGAUUUGAAUCCUUUUUGAACCAAUAUUGGCCCAAAAGAUGGCGGCUGUUAGUGGAUUAUGACGUAAUCAUUACGUCAUGAAGUUUUCAUGUUAUGCUACUUGGAAAAGGGUCAUCUCAGAGUUUAAAGCCAGGGCUAAGUGCAAAGUCUUUUUCAGUGAAAAACAGUUUCUCCCUUAUCAUGAAAUAAAAGUUAUUUAAUUUAAAAUGUUUAGCAGUUGGGGAUGAUGGAAUUCAGCAGUCGAUGGACAUUCUGAAGGGUUUUACUGCUAUGACUAGCAGAGGGGUAGUGGAAUUUUAAGAUAUAACACAAGGUAUUCCAGUCUAGUUGUUUUUCGUUUUUUUCGUAUUUUCAGAUGCUUGAUGUUCCAUUUGCUCUUUUUCUCAACUUUCUUUUCGAUCUCAACGGCGUUGACGCGCUUCGACAUAACUGCUUCGUCAUUUACCAACUUGUAUGACGACUAUGUACUUUUCGAUUACGUCAUAUCCAGCCACCUGACCCAAGGCAUUCAGGCAUGUGCCCACCUUUGCUUGUUAGAGUCAAAUUGCCUCUCAUUUAAUUUUAUAAAAACACUGGAACUUUUCGAGAAAGGUUUAUGUGAGCUCAAUAGAGUAAGUUGCCGCAACAACAGGAAUGCAAGCCUCACUAAUGCUCUAGGAUAUGUAUAUGGUGAAUUCAUUGACGUGAAAACAAACCGAUUUAUAUUUACCACCUUGGGAGCGAGAGGAAAAGAUGGCCCUACCAAAGCACAACUUGAAGGCUACAAAAGAACUUCUCUAGAGGGGCAGGUAGACGUACAACAAGGCAUUCAGUUUUGGAAAGUACCUGAAUCCGGGACUUACGUCAUAGAGGCCUUUGGUGCCUCUGGAGGAAAUGGUACCUGCCAAACCUGUUCAGGAUGGAAGCUCGGUGGACUGGGUGCAAGGAUAAAAGGAACCUUUUACUUCAACAAAGGAACAGCAUUGAAGAUUUUGGUUGGUCAGCAGGGCCUAGUAACCGAGUAUUUUAAUCAGCGUCCGGGAGGAGGGGGUGGAGGGACGUUUGUUACGCUUGUGGACAAUACCAUAAUUGUUGUCGCUGGUGGGGGUGGGGGUGGGAGCUUGGCGAAACCUAGCUACGGAGAUGGUGACCCAGGGCAAAAAUCGGAGAAUGGUACGCAAUAUGGUGGGUAUGGCGGAAUGGGUGGAUUCCGAUAUCAGAUAGCGAACAAAACUUUCGACUCCCCAGAUAUCAAAGCCAGCUCGGGGGCAGGAUAUAGGGGAGACGGGGAUGCACCAAAAAAUAUCGGCAUCACUCCGGCUAGAAGUUUUCUUACCGGUGGUACUGGAGGGGGACAUGUGGCAGUACAAAAUGGAGGAUUUGGUGGGGGAGGAUGUGCAGUAACUCAUGGGGGUGGUGGUGGGGGUUAUUCUGGUGGAGGAAUUACCGGCACUACGACUUCAGGAACCGCAGGGGGAGGGGGAUCGUUUAAUUCUGGUUUACACCAAGUUAACGACGCGGGAGUCAAUAAAGGACAUGGAAAGGUAAUUAUUACUCUGCUGCAGUGA